GUGCCGUGCUCUGCUGGGCCGGAGAAGGCGGUGUUGCACCAUGACUACUACCUCAUCAGAUCGCUCUGCUGACUAUGAAAAGCAGCAGAAGGAAUUGAGCCAGAGUUAUGGUAGCUCUGUUCUUGACUAUUCAGAAGACACCUGGGAACCCUUCAGUGAGGAAGAAGUAGCCUGCUGCCAGCAUGAGAGCAAAUCAUCUGAACUGUAUUGUUCCACAGAAGAUACAAAGCAUUCUGCUGUGUUGGAUCCAUGGGAAAGCAUGUUGACUUUGGCAGGCCGAAGUCACGCAGAAAAGCAGUCUGAAGUAGUUGAUUCUGCAGCUGCAGAAAGAGAUUUCACUGGAAAAUUGAUUGAUGUCUUAAAAAAUAAGGAAGCUGGCAUUAAACAAGAAAAAUUCGUCAUCAAAACUCAUGCUGAAAUUACUGAGUUAUCAGAGGAAGAACUGGAUGCUCUCCAGUCUUUUUGCAUCAUUAAGAUAAGGAGGGUGCUGCCGGAGCUGAUCUCUAAACAGGCAAGUGGUGGCAAGUCAAGAAAGCAGCAGCAUGGAUUAAUAUCAAAGGCAUCAGAGGCAAAUGACUUGACCUGCCUUGUUCCCGAUGGGCUAAUGAACAGAAUCCGUCUGAAAAACUUCCGGGAGACCAUUAAACAGGUGACAGAAGCUCAAGUGCACAAAUCUUCACUGUGCCCUGACUGUAAGAAGAAGAAGGCAGAGCUAGCCGAAAUUGCCUUUCUCAGACAGAAGAAGAUACUAAUGGAAAGAGCUCUACUCCGGGAAAAAUUGGAAGAACAAAUUUACUCCAGAGAUGUGCUCAAGCUUAUAGGAGAAACACUCAGAAGCCUUCCUAAACUUUCAGAGGAUCCCAGGAACUUAUGGCAAAAGCUGAAGGGCAAAGCUGAAGGAACGACUGCAUUCUGUGAACAUCUGAAAUCUUCAGCUUCAUUGAAAGAAUGAGGGCCAGAAAUUUUAAGUGAGGUGAAGGAAGAAUUCUGAUUCUGGGCUAAUUGGUUGUGAAAAGAAGAUGAACAAAUGAGAUCUGUUUAUUUUUUAUCCCUCUCUUGCCUCCUUUUUUAAUCUUCUCCUUUUUUCUGCUUCCCUACUGCUGGUAAGGAAUGCAAUUACGGAUGGGACACUUUACAGCCUUUCUAUAAAAUCUGCCAAGAUUGAAACUCCCGCAGGGAUAACAUUUUUUUAAAUGUACCGAAGAGCAAGAGAUUGUUUGAACAUUCAAAUGUUCAUCCAACUCAUCUAAAAAGAAAACUCUUCUCUUU